AUUCUGUAUUCAUUACUUUUUGUUGUAUUUGCUAUAUAAGCGCGCGCCGACUUUGGUUUGGAUUUAAAUUGGUACGACCCGCAGACUGUUGCAGUUCGUCUUGCAGUCCGAAAGAUAAUAACAAGUACGAUGGAUGACAAUAAACUCCAGGAAUUCUUUGCCUUCGUUGAUGGCAAAAAAAGCGAUUACAUACAUGCCCUGAAAACUGUUGUGGGGAUUCAGUCCGUUUCUGCUUGGCCCGAUAAGCGCGGCGAGAUUGAUCGCAUGGUGGACUGGACCGCUGAUCGGCUGAGGACCUUGGGCACCGAGAUCGAGCUAGCGGAUGUGGGCAAGCAGACCUUGCCGAACGGUGAGAUAAUCCCCCUGCCAAAGGUCCUGCUUGGAACUCUGGGAAAGGACACCACUAAGAAAACCGUGCUGGUGUACGGACAUCUGGAUGUACAGCCUGCCCUGAAGGAAGAUGGAUGGAAUACCAAUCCAUUCGACCUUACCGAGGUGGAUGGCAAGUUGUUUGGUCGCGGUGCGUCAGACGACAAGGGACCAGUCCUAUGCUGGAUCCAUGCUAUCGAGGCUUACCAGAAGCUUAACAUUCCACUGCCAGUAAACGUUAAGUUCGUUUUCGAGGGGAUGGAGGAGAGCGGAAGCGAAGGACUCGACGACUUAUUGAUAGAGCGCAAAAACGAUUUCCUAGGUGAUGUUGAUUAUGUUUGUAUCUCCGAUAACUACUGGCUGGGAAAGAAGCGUCCCUGCCUGACAUAUGGGCUCCGAGGACUAGCAUACUUCCAAGUGGAGGUGGAAUGCUCGAACAAAGAUUUGCAUAGUGGAGUGUUCGGGGGCACCGUUCACGAAGCAAUGCCAGAUCUGUGUCACUUGCUCAGCGUUCUCGUCGACAAGGAUACGAAGAUUUUGAUUCCUGGAGUGGAUCGCGACGUGGCUCCCCAGCUAAAGAACGAGCAAUCAAUUUAUGAGAACAUUGACUUCGAAGUAUCUGAGUACAAGAAAGACAUUGGUGUUGACCAGUUGCCGUAUAAUGGCGACAAAAUUAGGCUGCUUCAAGCCAGGUGGCGUUAUCCCAGCCUAUCGAUUCAUGGAAUCGAAGGUGCAUUUUAUGAGCCAGGCGCAAAGACCGUUAUUCCAAAGAAGGUUAUUGGAAAGUUCUCCAUUCGCCUUGUGCCCGACCAGGACCCAAAGCACAUUGAGGAGUGUGUUGUUAACUACCUUAAUGAUAAGUGGGCCGAACGUGGCUCGCCCAACAAAAUGAAGGUUGUUAUGCUCUCGGCUGGCAAGCCCUGGACUGAGGAUCCAAACCAUCCGCACUAUGAGGCUGCGAAACGGGCCAUUAAGCAUGUUUUCAAUGUAGAACCGGACAUGACUCGCGAGGGGGGCUCUAUUCCAGUAACGUUAACAUUGCAAGAAGCCACUGGCAAAAACGUCAUCCUUGUGCCAGUAGGAGCAUGUGACGACGGGGCCCACUCUCAAAAUGAAAAGAUCGAUAUAUACAAUUACAUCGAAGGCACUAAACUUCUUGGAGCCUAUCUGCACGAAGUGGGAAAAUUAUAGGAAAGCGGACUAACAUAUUCCAUUUUAACACGAAAAGCAUCACAAUAGUGCACUUCUUAUAAUAAAUAUUGGACUCAGUCCUAUA